GAUUACACAACCCCCAGGAUAAAUUCCAGCCAUUUGUGUCCCACUGAUCUUUGGAACUGUCUUUGCUGUUCACUGUGACUUAACAAGAACUAGGGGCAAUGUCGUCACUAAGCAGUGUGAUGGACAACCCAGUCCUCCGAUCAUAUUUCACAUACGCCACUAUUGUCAUCCUGAAGAUGAUGCUAAUGUCACCUCUCACAUCUUACUUCCGUCUGACAAGAAAGGUGUUCGCAAACCUGGAGGACACAAAAUUUGCUUCCCCGGCAAUAGACAAGAAACUGGUCGGCACAGAUCCUGAUGUGGAACGGGUCCGCAGGUGUCACCUGAACGACCUGGAGAACAUCGUUCCCUUCGUGGUGGUCGGCCUCCUCUACGCCAUGACAGCACCUGAGCUUUCAGCUGCUCUGCUUCACUUCCGAAUCUUUGCAGCAGCGCGGAUCUUCCACACCGUGGCCUACGUCUGCGCUCUGCCUCAGCCCAGCCGGGCCCUGGGCUUUAUAGUGGGCCUGACAGUCACCUUCUCUAUGGCUUACAGGGUACUCAGAACAGUUCUCCUCCUGUCGACAUGAUAUAACUCCCACCAUGCAUACAUCUAUUUGUGGGAAUUCUACCUUGACAGAUUUGCUUAAAGAUUAGUGAAAUACUCUCUGUAGGUGGACUGGUCAGUGUAAUGGAUAUUUAAAUCUCAAAAUAAAAUAUGGGGAUGGACCCCCAUGCCCGCCAGUCUAAUUUAACCCCCGCUUUUUAUGGCCCGUUACUAAUAAUGGAAAUAUGAAACACAGCAUCAUAAGGACAUAAGAUGUGAUGUCCCUUUAAAUACAUAAGCCCUGCUGUAAUAAUAAUUUGGGAUUUAGGAUUAAUAAAUAGCUUAUUAUUGUUGGACUGAUCAACGUCAGAAAUAAUAACUUUGAUUCUUUUUUUAAUUAUUUGUCUGAUAUCCUAAUGUGACGCUCCUGUAAUAUUUCUACAGGUGAAUAAAGAAAAACAAUCCAUCAA